CAGAUCGCGGGCUGGUGACGGUGCCGCCACGCUGCGUCCCUGCCGCCUCCACCGCCCCCCGGGCCCCGGCUCCCACAGAGCCUGGCCCCGCGCCCCGUGCCCUGCGUCCGGCGUCCCGGCUGCUGCGAGAUGACGCUCAAGUCCAGCGAGAGCGAGGGCGGGGGCGGCAUGCGCACGGCGCUGUCCGACCUCUACCUGGAGCAUUUGCUGCAGAAGCGCAGCCGGCCCGAGGCUGUGUCCAGCCAGCUGAACGCCGUAACCGAGGACAUGUACACCAACGGGUCUGCUGCCCCAGGAAGCCCUGCCCAAGCCAAGGGGCAAGAGGUGCGGAAAGUGCGACUCAUACAGUUUGAGAAGAUCACAGAGGAGCCCAUGGGAAUCACCCUGAAACUGAAUGAAAAACAGUCCUGUACUGUGGCCCGGAUUCUUCACGGUGGUAUGAUCCAUAGACAAGGCUCCCUUCACGUGGGGGAUGAGAUCCUAGAAAUCAAUGGCACAAAUGUGACUAAUCAUUCAGUAGAUCAACUGCAGAAGGCCAUGAAAGAAACCAAAGGAAUGAUCUCUUUAAAAGUAAUUCCCAACCAGCAAAGUCGUCUCCCUGCACUACAGAUGUUCAUGAGAGCACAGUUUGACUACGAUCCCAAAAAGGACAGUCUGAUCCCAUGCAAGGAGGCAGGAUUAAAAUUUGUUACUGGGGACAUUAUCCAGAUCAUCAAUAAGGACGACAGCAACUGGUGGCAGGGGCGGGUGGAAGGCUCCUGUAAGGAGUCCGCAGGACUGAUUCCUUCUCCUGAGCUGCAGGAAUGGCGAGUGGCAAGCGUGGCUCAGUCUGCUCCGAGUGAAGCUCCAAGCUGCAGUCCCUUUGGGAAGAAAAAGAAGUACAAAGACAAGUACCUGGCUAAGCACAGCUCAAUUUUUGACCAAUUGGAUGUUGUUUCCUAUGAAGAAGUCGUUCGGCUCCCUGCAUUCAAGAGGAAGACCUUGGUGCUGAUCGGAGCCAGCGGGGUGGGUCGAAGCCACAUUAAGAACGCUCUGCUCAGCCAGAACCCGGAAAAGUUUGUGUAUCCAGCCCCAUACACAACACGGCCACCCAGGAAGAGUGAGGAGGAUGGAAAAGAGUACCACUUCAUCUCAACGGAGGAGAUGACAAGGAACAUCUCUGCCAAUGAGUUCUUGGAGUUUGGCAGCUACCAAGGCAACAUGUUUGGGACCAAAUUUGAAACUGUGCACCAGAUUCAUAAGCAGGACAAGAUUGCUAUCCUUGACAUCGAGCCCCAGACGCUGAAGAUUGUUCGGACAGCAGAACUAUCACCUUUCAUCGUGUUCAUUGCACCUACAGACCAGGGUGCCCAGACAGAAGCUCUGCAGCAGCUGCAGAAGGACUCUGAGGCCAUCCGCAGUCAGUACGCUCACUACUUUGACCUUUCCCUGGUCAACAAUGGUGUUGAAGAAACCCUUCAGAAACUGCAGGAAGCCUUCGAGCAGGCAUGCAGCUCUCCACAGUGGGUGCCCAUCUCCUGGGUCUAUUAAGCUCGCUCUCUGCAUUUGAACUCCAUUCCUCUUGCUUUAAGAAAAAAGGGCUGCUUCAACUAGUUCUGUCAGCUUCCAGCUCUCUGCAGUUGUCCCCAAUAGGCCACCAGGAUCUUACUCAGGCUGCUGAAGGGCUGGGUUUGGCUUUCCUGAUGGGCCCUACUGAUCUAGAUCUCAAAAAGAUGUCUGGAAGUUGGGGCAAGGUACUACCAAAAUGCAACUGCUAAUCAGAGAUGCACAAAAAAGCAGUAAGUCCUGUCGCCCUGAAGCCGAGCUUCUCCACCUUCAACUGCACCGGGUAUCUUUCCAUUCUUUUCAUUGUUCAUUUGUGAGUUUCUAAAAUGCCAGAUGAAACAGCUGUGCAAGUUACAUGCUCUAGGGAAACCCUCAAAGCAAUAAAGAUGUGGCUGUGAAAACACUAA